AUGGCGAACCCAACUGCCGAAACAGCUUGCCCCUCACAGACCUUUCGUAUAUCGCUGCUUUCUAAAGCACCAACGGCCAUUCCCAUCAUAAAUAUCGGCACCCGCCUGGACCGCAAGACUGGACAAUACGUUAUUCUCUGGACAGAUAUCCAACGAGUCUUCGAGGGCGCCCAGUACAUCAUGGAUCGCGACUCCGCCGUUCUCCUUAUGACUGAUGAUGACUUUCAAGAAUUGGCACCGCCAAGAAUUCUCCAUUGCCCUGGUACGGUUCUCGAUGUCGUACUCAGAGACAGCGCCCAGGAACUUCCCUCGGAAAUACAGGCAGGCCCGGCCCUUCACGAUACCGAUGACCAGCGGGACCUAAGGACCAAUAACAGGAACACCAGCCAUGCUGCAUCCGAUAAUAGCGGCAAUCUACACUCAGCUAUUCGAUAUAUCCUCGAAUGUCGAUCUUUGAUCCAGGGCACUCUGCAAACAAUUACUGACCGCGUAUACGAAUCGGAGGAAGGUUUACCAGGCAAUGCAAAGGCAAUCAAGCCUAAGGCCAUAGCGAUGGAUUUACCAGAAAUCAGGAAUUACGUCUUUCAGCACCUAGAUCGCAGAGAUUUCGUGAAAUGCAUGCUACUCAACAAGAAGUGGCACGACUGGGCGGCACCGAAGGUCUGGGAAACGGCCAGGCUAAGCGGCAUACCACGAAAUAAUCUGUCUGUAGAAGCUCUUCGACGCUAUAGUCACCUUGUUAAGACUUUCAGGAUCGACAACCCCGCCUCUGUUACGAAGGAGUACUACGACAUGUAUCUUAUCAAGCUCGAAAAGCUGAUCUUGGUCGUUCCGAACGGUCACUUGGUAGACACAUUGCACGUAUGCGACUUCAUUUAUCGCCAUACUUACUUGGUACAAAUACAGGCUAUCUAUCAGAAGGAAGAUAGGUACUCAUUUGCGACGGCCCAACUGGAAGCUAGAAAAGCAUUUGAACAGCGAAAAAGAGAGCCAUAUGCAGUGUGCCAGCUGUGGGAAACGAUCGCCAGUUUACCCAACCUAAGGACCCUCCAUGUCUGGAAUUUUCCGCCCCCAUUCAGUACUUUCGAAUUCUUGAGUGUACGAGCGUUAUAUUUGGAGUGCAUUUCGAGCAGCAGUGGUACGUUCCCGUCCUUGGAGACCCUGGAAUGGUUUCCAGGCUCAAGGGGUCACUUUGAAGAUCCCGUACCUGAACUUGUGGAGAUGUUCAAAGCGGGCACCUGGCUUAAGCUGGAGCGGUUUGGUGUAGAUCGACAUUAUCUCAAAUUUUCCGACACAGACAUUGCAUCUAUCCUGGCAGCCAUGCCACGCGUGGUUGCUUUCAGUGUGUCUUCGACGGCUGAACAUGCCACGAUGGAGGUCCUCAACCUCUAG